GAUGAAUUCAAAACGAGGCAGCCGCUCAAAUUUGAAGAUCGGAAAAGAAGUGUAAACAUGAAUUUACAUCUGCACAACGGUAUAUAUUAAUUGGUCAAUAAAAUGUUUUAAAAGCAGACGGGUUUACAUGGUUUUAACUUUCUACCAAGUGGAUUAUUUUUAUACAAUAUGGAUCCUGGAAAAAGAGAUGCACUGGUUGCAUGGCUUGAUGCUUUUUGUGAGGAUAAGAAUAUUACCUGCAUCAGUGAUAUUAGCUCUGGGAAAGAAUUUAUUGACUUCAUUUCAAGACAUGACUCUUCAAGGAACAUAAACAAUAUUCAAUCAAAAGAGGCUAGUUUUAAUCUGGUUAGAGAAACAUUAGAAGGUAUUUAUGCUACUGACCUAUCUGGGACUGGCUCCAUUAUUGACUUCUCAGCGGUUUUUAAUCUGAACACUGCACCAGAAAUUCUAGAGUUUGAACUUGCCAAGAUUCUGCUUGCCCUUAUCGGAGCCUACUUUCAGCCCACCAAUGGAGAUGUGGGAGUGUUUGCUAAGAUUGCCUUGACCUUACCAGCUGACAAACAGGCCCACUUCCUACAGAUGCUGGAACAUAUACUCAGUAAAGACUUAGAUGAGGAAUUUGUGGCAGUUUUAUCCAAGAAAUUAGAUUCUGAUCCAGAUGGUGCUCUUUUCUUGAAACUAGUGACCAGCCAUCCUCGCCCCCUAGAGGCCUCCACGCCAUUGUUGGAACAGUCGUUCAACUUUGCCAGUAGAUGCAUCAAUGGCUCCAUGAGAGACAGCCCUGCCCCCCUCCAUCAACACAAUACCAGCGUCGGGAACCAUUCUAUACUGGAGAUUAAUUCCCCCCUACGAAUGAUGUCCCUCAACUCCUCGCCCGCCCCCACCUCCCUCGGGGACCUCGUGCAGUCACCUCAACUCAUGCAAAAGGCCCAGCUUCGACAGAAGGACAGAGAAAUCAAGAGACUGGAAUUUAAUCUGCGAAGUGAGCAGCAUCUGAGAUGUGAACUGGAAAUGGACCUUAAAGAAAAAUGUUCUAAAUUGGAACAAAAAGAAUUAAACAUCAGGGAGCUUGAGGCUACCAUAAAAGAACAGAGAAAACUACGAGAUGCUGUUGAUGAGCUGCACCAAGUUCAGAAUCUAAAUGAAAAACUGAAUCAGGAUUUACAAAGUUGCAAGGCUAAAGUCACAGAUUUCCAAGAACUGAAACAGCAGAAGGAGUACUUUGAAAAGCAGUACGAGGAAACUCUGGCCCAGUUCAAUCAGAUGGAAGAAGCUAUGCGCAGCCUUGAAUCUCUGAAACAGAGUCAUGAAAAACUCCGAGGUAAAUGCCACAAACAGGAAGUGGAAAUCUCCGUUCUACAGACCACGCUCCAACACAGGGCCGAGGAAAUCAAUGCUCUCAAAGGGGAAAUGUCUACUCUGAACGAAGCCAGGCAGUGUGCCAUUCAGCAGUUCAGCGACAUGAAAAAGGAAAAAGAGGAACUGGAAGAAAUGUUUGCUGCAAAUGGAAUGGCUGGCGGUAUAGGAGAGAGUAUGGGGGUGGUGACAGACAUCAGGAUAAGAGAUUUAGAGGCCGAGUUAUCUCAGCUGAAGUCCACCUGGAUUGACCCGGUAGUACACGAUCAAGUCAGGAAGGACCUGCUGGAAAUGUCGGAAGCCAAAGAGACUUAUCAGACAAAGUUUUCGGAGGUUCACAAAGAACUGCUGGCAGUUCAGAGUGAGUUGGACACCACAAGGUCACAGGUCACCAGCCUGGAAUCUCAGUUGUCAGAGAGUCAGCAGAUCUCCCAGGAGAAGGAGGAAACCAUCAGGUCCCAGGUCAUGAAGAUCAGGGAACAACAGGAAACACUGACGGCGGUCAGAUCAUCCGAGGAGAGUCUACAGACUCUAAAUCACGACCUGGAGGAAUCUUUGACCACUCUAAAGAAAGAACUGGCUCGAAGUCAGGCAGAGUACAAGUUACUGACAGAGGAGUUUGAGAAUGAGAAACAGAUUCAUGAGAGCAGAAGGCAGACAAUGUCAUCAUCAUUUGACACAGUUCAGUCUGAGAAAAGAAGCCUGGAGCAGACACUCAGUAAAGAGAAAGCCUCACUGACCAGUCAGAUAGAAGAACUUCAAAUCAGACUCAACUCGCAAACUGAGCAGGCUCGCAGCUCAGAGGAGGCAUUGAAAACUAAACUCGCUGCAGCUCAAAACACCAUCAAACAGACUGAGAUUGUGCUAGAGAAUGAGCGAUGGACAAAAGACAAUUACAUCAAGGCACUGAAAGAGGAAAUGACACAAUUAAAAGAGGAGAUUCAGCAGACUGAGGAAAAAUUGAAUUCUGAGAUACAGGUGUUGUCCUCGAAGUCCAGACAGCAAGAGGAGGCGGCACAGAGGGAAAUCUCUCAGAGGGAUAAUAGCAUUGAGGAGCUGAGGCAACAGUUGGAGUCCUCAAGGCAACAGAGCAGAGAGCAACAAGACAAAUAUCAAGAGGAGAAGGAUGGCCUCAACCAAGAUCUCGAUCAAGUCCGCAGCGAGAACGAGAGACUGAAAACCGACUGCGUGAUCUUCCAAGAGAAAAUUGAUAGCAUGAGUGUGAAAACCAAGUCCCAAGUUGAGGAACUUCAGAGCCAGAUUUCAUCAUGGCAAGAUAAAUAUCAGUGGAGUGUUCACGACAAUCAGAUGGUUGGGGAGCAGUUGAGUGAAUGCAAGGCUAAACUAGAAGAAAAGGGUCAGGAGCUGGAGUCCUGCAAAUCUAAAUUGUCAACAGAAAAGGAGAAAAAUAUUCAACUCAGUGGCAGAAACGGUGAUCUUGAAAGCAAACUUGAGACUCUGCAGAAAUCUUUCAGUUGUGUGAAGCUAGAAAGUGAACAAUAUCAAAAUGAAAUUCUUGAACUGAAAGCUAGUUACAAAAGUUUGGAAUCUGAUAUGCAGAACACUGUGGAUAGCUUGAAGAAUGACAUUUCCAAUUUCUCUUCAAAGAACAAAAAGUUACAAAGUGAAUUAGAAGAGCUUCAAAUUUCAUCAAUGGAGAAAGAACAAAACUUGAAGAAGGAACUAAAUAGGUUAGAGCAGACAAGUAACGAUCUUGAAAGCCGUUUACAACAAGAAAUCAAUUUCCACCAGGAGCAACUCCGACAACAUGAGGUGACAAGUGAGCAGAACCAGAAAAUUAACGUAGAAGUGGCCAGAUUACAACAGCAGCUAAAGCAUAGAGAGACAGAGCUUCAAACAGCAACGGAGGAGGUUCAGAAGAAACAGGACUUACUGGAGGAAAACAGUGGCCAGAUGGCGCUGGUCAAAAAGGUCGCUGAGGUCAAACAAGCAGACAACGAAGAGCUGCAACAGAAGAUCCAGCAACUGGAAAAGAAAAUCAAAGAGAGGAAGGAAAAUGAAUGCGAGCUCAUCAAAACGCAGAACAGAUUGAAGGCCGAGAAGGAUCAGUUUGAAAAGGGUCUGCAAGAGACGGAGACAACUGUUGGACAACUCCACAGAGAAAAUGAUGUCCUGGAAGUGGAAAAGAACAAACUGAAUGGUUUGGUGGCAAACUUGAGGAGCAGUGUGGGAGAAGUCCGUGGCCAAAGAGAUGAGCUGCAGACACAGGUAGAUCAGCUUAAAGCUGAGAAUGCCAAGCAAAUCAGAAUAAUCUCUGACCACGAAGAGGAAGCCCAGCGUUUACAGCAGAAGAUAACAAGUCUGCAAGAAGAAGUGGAUUCUUUAACCAACCAAACCAUAUCUAGUAAGGCUAACAUCCAACAAUCUGCCUCCGAGUGUGAGAGAUUGAAAGAAAAAAGCAGCAGACUGGAGGCGGAAAUUCAGGAUCUGUCUUGUCGUCUGGAUGAUCAGACCCAACAAAGGGAGUCACUCCACAGCAAGAAUCAGGAUCUAGAGGCUCAGAUUAUUAACUUCCACAAUACCCUGGAGACUGAGAAAGAAAACUUAGAGACGAUGGUCAGUGAGAAAGAAGAGGCCCACAAAAGGGUUGAGGCCUUAACAGGGGAAAUUAAUAGUCUUCAGGCUGUGCUCAGAUCUAACAGUGAAGAAUUUACAAGGGAGCUUGAAGAGAAAGAUCAGAAUAUUCAGCUACUGAAAGAAAGUAAUUCAAAGUUAGAGAGUGAUCUUAGCUGUGAAAAAAUGGAAUCUGAAAGACUCCUUCAAGAAAAGAGUGAUCUGGAUAAAAUAAUACUGGAAUUGAAUGAAAAUUCCAAGCAACUUCAACAUUCUUUGGAGCAAAUGAGAUUAGAAUACUCAAAUACUGCAAGUGCAUUGGAAACAAUGACAACAAAAUGUAGUGAUGUUGAAAAGGAAUUAAAAUUGAAGGUCGAAGAAUGUAACAAUUUCUUAAAAGAAAAGGAGAGUUUGUGUGGAAUGAUUGAGACAUUAGAAUCCUCUCUGAACCAAAUGUCAUCCCAACAGGAAGAAAAUCAUAAACAACUCAGUGACAUGUCUGAGAAAUUCAGUGAAGCAACUCGGCAACUUGAAUGCAAAGAAGAGGAGCUUGAGAAAUUAAAAUCAGAAUUCGAAAAAUCUUUAAAGGAAAAGAAACAAGUCAUUAAAGAAUAUGAAGAGCAAAUCAUAUUAACUUGUGAGGAACACCAGAAGAAGGUGUCAUCUUUACAAGAUGAAAUGUCAGAAGUUAAGCAGAAAAGUGAAGAAAAAUUGAAGAGUUUGAUUGCUGACUAUACAGCAAGCAACCACGAACUUAAAGAGGUCCAACACAGGCAGUUGACGUAUGAGAGGAAGACAGGAGAACUCGAGAAAAUGAUAAGUAUGGAGAAAGAAGCUAAAAAGGAAUUGAAGGCCAUGUUUGAGAAAACAGUGCAGGAACUGCAUGGAGAUGUGGAAUUUCAGACGAAGCGGAACCAGGAGUUAGAGAAUCAAGCUCAGAGGAGACUGAAGGAAACAGAGUGCUACUGGAGAGCACAACUGGAGCAGUUAGAGAACGAGUAUUCCAGGGCUUCUGAAGAGGUGAAAGAAAACUACAGCUCAGAAAUAUCGGAGAAACUGGAGCAGGUGACGAGUCGCUAUGAGGCCAUCGUGGCCGAGAAAGAGGGCAUGUGGAGUAAUCAGAGACACAUGUUCCAGGAUCGCGUAACUCACCUGGAGGGGCGGGUCGCCCAGCGACAGAGGGAGCUAGAGGAAAUGAGAGAGAAGAACAGAAAAAUGGAGGAUCUUCUCACAGAGGAACUGAACAGCCACAUGGAGCUGAAGACAAUUACCAGCGAACUGAGUUCCAAGAUUACAGAGAAAGACAACGCGAUCAAGGAACGUAACGCAGCAGUGGCUCAGUUACAGAAGAAAGUGAACGAGAAGGAGACGGAAAUCAGCAGUUCUCGUCAAAAGAUCUCGGAGCUCCAACAGGACGUUCAGUCCCUGCAGGACAAGAUUCAGUGUCUGUCAGAGGACAUGGAAAAUCAGACACAUAAUACAGGUGGCUUACAGAAGGAGAUAGAAGUGUGUAAAGAACAGAGAGAGGUGGCCCUAGCAGAGAUCAACAGUUACAAACAACAGCUUGGUGCAGUAGAAGCUGAAAGAGAUAGCCUACAGGAAGAAAUUGAAGGUUACUCAGAAAAGUUUGAGAAAUUCCAAGAAAACCUUGAAUACAAGCUCAAACAGGCAGAACUGCAGGUGCUGGAGACCAAAAACCAGAAGGAAAAUUUUUAUUUGAUGUCUUGUCACCUCCUUUCUGCUCUCAGUCCUUGUGGAACAAAAAUUUAUACAGUUGAUGUUUUAUCUUUGCAGCUGGAGAAUGAACUAAAACAAGUUCAGGCUGAGAAGGAGAAAACGGAGAAAAUGCUGGAUAGCUACAAAAUUCACUACAGUAAUAAAAAAUCAAUAAUAGAGGGCCAGAGCAAAGAAGUUGAGAGUUACAAAAAAGUGGCUCACGAGUUCCGACAGAAAUCAGAACAACUCAAAUGUGAUAAUAAGGCACUGAAGAACACCUUGGAUGAGAUGAAGUCAGAAAUAGCUUCCUACAAAUCUCAGCUGGAGAAGGCAGAGCAUAAUGUGUCUCCUUUACAGGAGGAGCUCCAAGCAGAGUGUUUAAAAAACAAAGCCCUCAACAAUGAGAUCAGGAGCCUUAAAGUCCAGUUAGACCACGCCUCUAGACAGCUACGUGACAUGAACAAAAGCGGUGGUAGGGUGACAGAAAAUGCAGAGAUGUUCACCACUAACAAGGUCAUUGACUCCAUCAAAAUGCAAGACCAUGAAAUGGGGCAUGCCUUGUUCGGAAAGACAGAAACCAAGACAAUUCUAAAACCUCGGGAAGUCUUAGAUUCCUUGGAUGAUUCUAUCUUCAUGGAGUCUCCACCCAAACCAGAACAUGUUAAAACUGUUAGCAAUAUAACCCUAAAGAGUGAAGCCCUGGAUACCUUAUCAGAACGUCGGAUGUCCCUGAGGAGUUAUUCCAAUCGUCUGUCUAGCUCAGACAUGAACCAGAGUAUGUACAGUACCAGCUCAGCGGCUUCAACGGCUAGUGUUCCACGUGGCAUGUUCCACUGCGAGGAUGAACCGGAGGAGUUUGAGUGGAACCGCCUGACGGAGCUACAGCGCAGGAACACCCUGUGUCUGCCCCACCUCAAAACCUCCUACCCUGUGGAGACCCAGCGCGUCAAGCCUAAAGAAAUCAGCGACGACGCACUGCGCUACAGUCUGAUGCCCAGUGGGAGUGGCAAGAAACGGAAACAGACACAGUCAAGUGACGAAGAUGAUGCAAAAUCCAUGCAGCUACGAAGCAGUAAACAGGCAAAACAUAGUACUAGCCAGAAAUUGGGAGCUUUAACCCCUUCCAGACCUAACACUCCCAGGACGCCCUCUAGUUCUAAGAAGUCAAAGAAAACACCUGGGAAGCAGAAGACCCCCAAACUCAGCAUGAACAGAGAAAACGCAUCAUCAGUCAAAAAGUCAAGACUUGGAGGACUGAAAUUCAACAUUGGUUUUACACCCAAGAACAAGAACAAAGAAAAUCCCAAGAGCACAUCUAAGGCCGAUAGAAAGCCCCUGAAAAGCAAAAAUUGGUUUCAAAUGGGACAUUAGCCAAAUAAAAUGUAAUGAUCAAUAUCCUUGCAAGCUAAGGAAAUGGAGCUCACAUUUUUUAUUCCUAAAAGCACAGACUGAAGAAAGAAAAAAUUCUGUGAUAUCACUGAGUCAGUUGAUCAACAUUUACUUAAAAACUGCAUCUUGAAUUUUAGAAAAAUGGUGGCAAGGUAAAAAUACAUUAAAUCUUGCCAAUCUUGUUUAUUAUUCAGUUCAAAAUUGUGUAUUUUGCCCAAAUUUCGCCAUGUACAAAAUGUAAAUUGCCAUAUCAGUAAGUUUUUGCUUUAAUUUAUGUACAUUGUUUGUAAAUACAUGUUUGUAUGAUGCUUCUUUCUCGACAGGGACAAAAAUUAUGCUUGAACAAUGUAUAUGACAAUUCACUGUAAUCUAAGAUUCUUUAAUGAGCCAAGAAGGGUUGUGAUUUUUUUUAUAUGUGUAUGUAUGUGCCCUUUGUUUUACAUGUGUAUAUUGUAUAAAUGGAAUCAUGUUUUACUAGUCACGUAGAAAUGUAGAUCUGUGUAGACAUUAUUUAUUGUGUGUAAUCAUGUAUGUUUUGCUUUGUAUCUCAGUGCUCAUCUUACUUCAAGCACAUGAAAAUGGCAGCAGUAAAGGAAGUA